GUGGUGCUCCAAAGGAGUGGCAGAGAAAGAGAAGACUCCCAUAAAAGCAGGGCUGUAAACUGGAUGGUGGAAGACUAUCGCUAUAACACUUCUUGAAGAACAGGAACUGCACUUAUAUUAGGAAUAGCACUUUGUUUUUUGUUCCAGUACAAAUCUUGCUCUGUAGACAUGGUGCUCUGGAUUAUCUUUCCCAUCUCCCUUUCCCUGGUGUCCUUCAUCGGAACAUGGAGUGUAUAUGGCCUGGCCUUCGCCAACAAACACGUGUGCUCUCUCAGUGACUGGGGACGUGACAACUACUGCAAAAGAAAUCAGUCAACAAUUGGAUGUUGCCUUGUUCCCACUAUAAGCUCAAGUGGAACCAGUUUACCAGAAAAUUCACUUUUUACAGCCACAAUCAAUGCAGGAUCCUUUCUGUUCCUGCUGUUCUGUUUGUUCCACCAUGCCCACAUUAUGGAGAAGCACGCAUGCCAGUCUAUGAUGAGCAAGUUUGCUUUAGUGUUUGGUGUGGUGGCAGCGCUGGGAGCAUUCGCAGCUGGAAACUGUAAUCCGCUUCACCUUGCCCUCCUUCACUACCUCGGAGCUGCCAUCAGUUUCACGUGCAUCUGCUUCUACACCAUUCUGCUGACUGCACUGACCGGGCGGUGUGUGCUGACAGGAUAUGAGAAAAUUCUCUACCCGUUACGCAUCACCUCCACUGUGGUUCAAACCAUCGUCACCAUCUGCUAUACAGUUUUGUUUGCCCAGGAGGAGUACUAUUACGUCCACUUGUCGGCUAUAUUUGAGUGGAUGCUCAGCCUUAACUUGGAGCUGUUUGAGCUCAGCUUUGCCGUGGAGUUUUACUUCUUCGGGUCCUACAUGAUCUCAAAUCUGUUGAACAAACGAGAGGAGGAAAAGCAUCUGAUGAUGUCAAUGUCCUGAUAUGAGGCCGCCACGAUCCAGCGUAAGCACACAGUCAGUGAGGAUGGACUGCGUAACACAUCUGUAGCCGGACCGUGGCUGGAGGAGAAAUAACCCUUUUCAUCACUCGGCUGGGAUGGAUUUACAGCCAUUUAUGGAUUAUGAUAUCCCACCAUUUUGAUACUGUUGCCUAAAAUUGUAUGAUUUUCUUCUUUGGGCAUUUCAGUUUCCUAUUCCUUAUUUAUUAUGUAAAGCAAAUGAACAAAACAUAUCAGUUGUAUUAGGUUUUUGUGUAAGUCACAGAGACAAUUAACAAACAGAACAAUUAACCUGAUGUGUCAUACUUCUUAUUUAUGUUUUUUUUUUUUCAAUUACCAUUUAUCAAAUGUUAAUACAACAACAAUUCCUCACUAGGUACACUAUUAAGGACACACUCAUGAAAAUCUCACUGAUGUUAGCUUCACAUUAAAGCCCUUUAAGCGCUUACAUAAAGCUUUGGCACUUUAAUAAAAUCAUGACCUCUGUA